AUGGGUGAAGGAGUGUCAAAAAAUGAAACCCAAGGUACUUCUCAUCUUAUUAUUUCAUCUUCCUUCGAUACAUCUACCAUUGACACCACUAUUUCAUUACCACCAUUCCAUAAUUCUAUUCCUCUUACCUUACCCCAAUUCACUCAAUCACCAACUUUUGAGAACAUCAUCAAUCAACCCAUCACUUCAUUGUUUCCAUCCCAAUCUACUAAAGGCUCCAGAAUUGUUCAAGAAGAUGAAACAACUGAAGAUGGAGAGUUUAUGGGAACUUUUAAAGAUAUUGAAUUUGAUCCAGAAGAAGAAAACAUUCGUGAUCACAUGUUGAUGUUAGGGAAACAAUUCAAGAUUCUCAACAGGAAGCUUAAUUCUUAA